AGCUCGCACCUGUGGUAUAAGUGAAGGAAGGCAUAAACGAAUAGAGAAUAUUUAACAAUGACUUAGUUACUCCUCAAACAGAAGACUCCAUUUUUUGUGAGCCGUCAAAACAAGUCACAAACAGCUGAUGCGGGGGAGCGGAACACCUGCAGGCGUACCGCCAUGCCCACAAGUAAUCCCAGGUAGCCGGGUGUGUGAUGACUUCCAAGAGCAUAGUAUUCACGUAAGCUACCGCCAUAUGAAUAUCAGCCAUUGCAUACAUAUGUACCUCUCAAGGGUAUCUUCAUAGCACUCCAGAUUAUCACAAGUAUUCUUGUAGCAUUAGCUCAGCUUUUAAGACUUGCCACUUGAAGCAUAGUGGUGACAAUUAUGGAAUCAUCCUACUUAUACUUCCUGCCUCUCACAGUCUUUGUGCUCUUCCCAGCCACCUUCAUCAUCACAUACAUCAUAUCAAUCUUACUGAAACACACAGAACCAGAUUUUCCAUACAUCAGUGAUACAGGAACCUACUCUCCAGAAAGUUGUAUUUUCAGUCAAGCUCUGAACAUUGGAGCAUUUGCAAUACUCGUCACAAUCUACAUACGCUUCCGUCAGAUUGCUGAACUGUACCGCAACCAUUCCUCUUCAGCCAACAUUGUGAGGCUGAAUCGUGUUGGUCUUUGUGUUGGUUCUCUAGCAGCUCUUGGUAUAUCAAUUGUUGCAAACUUCCAAGAGACUAAUGUAUUUUUUGUGCAUAUAACUGGAGCUCUAAUUGCAUUUGGCCUUGGAACCACAUACCUAUGGGUUCAGGCAAUGUGCUCUUACCAGACUCAUCCUCUGGUGAACAGUUUGGCCAUGGCUCAUAUACGCAUGGGGCUGGCAGUUGUGGCUUCCAUCUUCUUUGUGGUGGGUUGUGUUUGUGCAAGUAUUGCUCAUUCACAAUUCAAUGGUGAUGACCCUCGGAAGUGGUACCCUGAGGAUGGGGGCUGGGGCUUCCAUGUGGCCAGCACUGUGUCUGAGUGGGUGUGUGCUGCAGCCUUCAAUUUCUUUAUGCUGACACUUGUGGAUGAAUUUAAGAGCAUUUCUAUGGACCCUCCCCAGGUGUAUGUAUCUGUGGAUACGUUAGCACCAACACAAUACAGUGGGAUUGGAGAACAAGAUCAAACGACAGAUGAUGUACAAGCUAUUUUGUCAUCUCAUUCAUACAUUACCUGAGGAACACCCUCCCAGUCAGCUAGUCACCUGCCUGCUGACUGCUUCGUGGAGGGCAUGGGAGGGAGCAGUGAUGAUUUGAGACAUUUGCCAAACUUUGGGGAGGAAAGAAACAAUAAUCCCGAAUGGCAAAAAGUUAAGUUGCUCUUAAGCAGCUGCUUCAAUUUUUCAUGUGAAGGAAAUGUUCUUUUAGAUGAUGAAAAUAUAUCUUGUUUAGAGGACUCCCCAGAAAUGAAAAGAGAUGAAGCAUCCAGCAAUAGAGAAGUUUCUGACUCGGUAGUGUGUGAUGAUGAAAAUGGUCAUGGAGUUCUCUCAUGCAUUACAUCUCCAGAGAUUCAUUCCACUGAUUAUUUAACUCAGAAUGGAUCAUCUGCAGAAUGGGAAAAGAACAAGUUGUAUCCUGAUAUCAAGAAACAGUCAGGCAAGAACUAUAACUCUUUUGAGUCUUCUCCUCCCCUGGAUGAAAUCACAGAUACCAAAGAGGCUUCUAUGGGAUCGCCAGGUCUCUUGACUGCAAGUGAUGAACUAAGGCCCUUGAUUUCCAAGUAUAAUUCUAUGUUUUAUAAAAAUGAUGGAAGUGUUACAAAUGAAUAUGAUUGUGUUGCUAAAAAGGACAAGUUCUAUAAUAAGGUUUUGCCAUUCCCUAUCAUGAGCAAAAGUUUUGGUUCUCCAGAAUACUCAGGCGCUGUAAAUUCUUUAGUCAAAUUUGAUGAUGAUACAAAUUCACAUUCUGUAUCUUUAAAUUAUAGCAAAGAUAUGGAAUGUAAAGGUAAUAACUUUUCAGUUUUUCAGAAGCCUGUUAUAGCAAAGGAUACAAUGAUCCUCUGCAAUGACUUAGACAGUGAUUGCCAAGUAAUUCCCUUAUCUUUUAGCCCAAAUGUCCACCCAGACAUGGGCUUAGUGCCUCCAGUUAACAGCCAAGUGUCCAUGAACAAUAGUGUGCCUCCAGGAACUUUAGUUAGCUCUUCCUGUAAUAGUAAUUCAUUGGUAACUUUGUUGAAUCAGACCAAAGACUCCACCCAUCCAGCUUCUUGGCCACGAAGGCGGCCCCAGUCACUUCGUGUAGCCAUGUGUUAUUCUGAUCCUGAGCAUCUGCAAGCUAGUUUAGAAAACCCUUCACCUGUUGUUAAUUUACAAGAAAUAGCAUUAGAAGACAUGUCAACAAAUUCAUUAAAAGACUGUUUUUCAAGAAAAA